AGAGUGAGGAAGUGCAUAAGCUGUGAGCAGCUGCCAGUGUAUCUUGAGUGUAUCCGGUUAUUCGGUUUUAAUGGCUAAAGUGGAGAUCGCCCCUUUGAGAGGCUGGGAUGAUUUCUAUCCAGGCUCGGAGCGCUUUGCCAAACCAGACACGCGAGAUUUGGCAAAAUGGAACAACAGAGUGGUCAGCAACCUCCUCUAUUAUCAAACAAACUAUCUGGUGGUGGCAAUCAUUGUAUUCGUGCUUGUAGGGUUGAUGAACCCCGUGAGCAUGUUCACAGGAGCAAUAGUGGUCACUUCUGUCUUCGUCGGCUCUGUGUGGGCAGGGGAGAACAAGGCAAUCAUUAAAAAUUUCAAGAAGGAGAACCCUACCUUGUUUGUUUUCCUGGUGAUGGUCGUGAGCUACUUCCUUAUGUCGCUCUUCGGUGGAGUUAUGGUAUUCCUGCUUGGAAUCAAACUCCCACUUCUGUUGAUUUUUGCACAUGCAUCGCUUCGCCUACGGAACAUGAAAAACAAACUGGAGAAUAAGAUGGAGAGUGCUGGACUCAAGAAAUCACCCAUGGGAAUCAUACUUGAAGCACUGGGUCAACAAGAAGAGAACCUCUGUAAAAUUCAAGACAUUCUGGAGAGCAAACUGAAGAAUGAUCUCUCUCGAUAGGGACUCUCUGUUUCUCACCAAUGCUUGAAGGAACUGUUUCAGCUGGUACAAUCUGUGAAAUCCACUCUGUUUCUUCCAACAUACAUAAUUGGCAAAAAGAAAAAGUAUUAUUUUCUCUGUAUUUUUCUGUAAAGGGAUGAACAAAUUGUAUUGAAAAAAGUGUGUUUUAUGAUGUUUUUGUUUGUCUCAUGUCAAAUGUAAGGGGGUGCAGUUCAACUUGUUUUUCAAAGGUUCUUUUUUUCCCUGUAACCUGUUGGGUAAUGUGUCAUAAGUGCUUAUAGAAAGUGUUUGUAUUCUUUUCUUUCAAAAUGCGUUCAUUGUUACAUUAAGAAAAUGUAAAGUAUUACAUAACAAGAUGUCAUCAGGUUUAUAAGAUCUAAUAUCUCCAAUUUUCCUGCAGUGUGAUGAUGAUAACUGGAAUUAAAUGAAUAAAAGAUUGCAUGGUCUUGACUAAAAUUAAUAGCGACUGAGUCAUGUUAUAAUGAGCUAUAAUUAAUGAUAAUUUGUUGGUGAUGUGAACUUAAUUGAAGAUUGAUGUCUUUUAACAUAUUACUGUUGUAGAUGUGUUGUGAAGGGAAUAAGCAAUUUGAGUUCUGCAUUACAAUGAUUUUACCAUAGGAAUAUUUUGCCUGUUUUUUUUUUUGUUUUUUUUGUAUCAUGCUAAGAUCAACCCUUACAUUUGGAAAAUUACUGUAAUGCACCACCUUUCAUAGCUUAUUGUUUUGUUGUGACCUAUUAGGUAAAAUAAGUCAUAGUUGAAUUUUGUGUGAUGCUACUCCAAAAUCUAUGCAUAAAGGUUUAAUAAAGUCACAUUUUGGUACCAUCAUGUGUUAUUUUUAAAUAAAGUUCGAUUUACAUUGACAUCAAA